AUGUCCGGUGGCGUGGUCCCUGGCCCUGACGAAGCCGGCGGCGGGGCCGUGGCCGCCCGGGUCAGUGUCCGGCAGAGAGACUCCGGCCACGCUGCCCGCGGGGCCCGGGCGCUGAAGAGGGAGAAGGGGCACACGCCGCGUCCCGCCAGCCGAGCGCCGCCACGCCGGGCGGCGCGUGAAACAGGGACUAUGAGAGGAGAAACUCGGUUCUUGUUGAUGAGUUGCACUUCAUUGGGCAUGCAUUCCGUUCUGUACCCUCUUAUAUGUGGGCUGAUUCUUAUUCCCUGCUGGUGUUCCCUAGUUUGCCUGAGUAGAAUUUACAUGGGGAUGCACUCCAUUCUGGAUAUUAUCGCUGGAUUCCUAUAUACUCUUUUAAUCAUGGCUGUCUUCUAUCCGUUUGUGGACCUGAUUGACAACUUCAACCAAACUCACAGAUAUGCUCCAUUAAUCAUCAUCGGUCUUCAUUUAGCUUUGGGGAUCUUUUCUUUCACUCUUGACACCUGGAGCACAUCCCGAGGAGACACAGCUGAGAUUCUGGGAAGUGGUGCUGGAAUUGCAUGUGGAUCUCAUGUUACUUAUAACAUGGGUCUAAUGUCAGAUCCUUCUCUCGAUGUGUUACCUUUAGCGAGGCCCCCGAUUACUGUGACUCUGUUUGGAAAAGCCAUAUUGCGGAUCCUCAUAGGGAUGGUAUUUGUACUCAUAGUCAGAGAUAUAAUGAAAAAGAUCACCAUCCCUUUAGCCUGUAAAAUCUUCAACAUCCCGUGUGAUGACAUUCGAAAAGCAAGACAGCACAUGGAAGUUGAGCUUCCUUAUCGGUAUAUUACCUACGGAAUGGUUGGUUUCUCCAUCACAUUUUUUGUUCCUUACAUAUUUUUCUUGAUUGGUAUCUCUUGAUGGAGAAAUAUUGUUUAUGAUAAGAAAGGAGAGUAUCAGUUACUGAUAUCUAAAAAUACAUUCAAGGUAAAAGCCAGAUCAGAGUUAGGCUUUUGCAGGAAUUUAACUUAAAUAUUUAAGUAAAUUCAUACGAGUCAGUGCAUUUUAUUAUUGCACAUCAGAUAUUGUUUUAGGUGAGCUGAGCUAUUUCAAUACUGAGAAAAUGAUAAGUAUCCAUUUAGAGUGCUCAUGUAAUGUUUGGAGAGUUUUGUGCUGUUAUGGAGUCUAGUUAUAUAUAAUAUAUAUUAAGAUACAUAAUAUGCAAUUGUAUAUCUAAUAUAUGUUAUAUAUAAAAUAAUAUACCUAAGUUUUUUUUAAACUUUGGGGGUGUAUUAUAAAAUCUAUAAUAAUAUGCAAAAAGUUGUGCCUGUGUAUUUGAACUAAAUACAGGUAUGUUGUUAUUAACAAAUAUAGUUAACCUUUAUUUCCUAUGGGAGACAUUUCCUGAUUGAAUUGCAAAAUUACUAGACCAGAAUGCUUCUACCACCACACAUUGAUUUACUGCCUCUUUUUACACUGCCGUCACCUUUCAUGUCACCCAUGAUGUUGAACAUGGGAGGCAUUUUUAAAGGACCAAAUUUUCAGAAAAAUUAGUUUUGGGAUUCAUCUUUUUUUUUAAAUUCUGUAUACUGUUUUGAAUGUACUUUAUUUGCAACUGUUCUGGACAUCAGUUUAAUAAUUCAGGUACUGAAUUUUAUUGCUUGCUAAUUGUGCCUUUCUGUUGCUGAAUUUUAAAAUGCCAUGUGUACUGUGAUAUAAAAAUAAGACAUUAACUUUACGUUACCUAUAAUCAGGCAAAUAUUUUUAAAAUGUAUGUCAAGCUAACAGGCAUAGAGGUAAACUAUCCUCAAUUCUUUAGCCAUUAUUUAGAAGAAAUAUGGAAUGGGCUAAACUUCCUCACUAAUUUAUUGGAAAGCUAAAUGGAUAAAUAUUUCCCUUUUUUGUAGGUAUUUUUGUGUGCAUUGUAAGUUAUAGGAACAAGAUAUAUUUUUUGUACAUUGUCUUGAUUGUUUAUACUGCAGGUAGAUAUUUCCAGUGAAUGGAAAUGUAGUUGAAAUUUAUAGGUGGGACAAUGCACAUGCUUCGUAUGUAAACACUGCGUUUUUCUAAAUUAUUUGGACAGGAUUGCAUUUAGCACUGUUAACUUGUACUACUCAUUUAUUAGCUACUCAAGGUAAAUUAUAAAAUCUCAAAUUAGUGUCAGAAUUUUAGUUCCUAUUAUUUUUCAUCUUUUUAUUAUUUUCACGGUGGAAAAUUUGGGUAUAGUAGUAAACUAUUCUUUUUCUGUCUGUGCCUUUAUAUUUUGAAGUGUGCUUGUAAUUAGGUUAACAUUAAGUUUAUUUGUAGAAAGCUUUUUCCUAAAGAAGAGGCUUAUCUUUCCAUAUAAAUGAACAUCAGGUAUGGAAUUACUGAUUUUAGUGCAAUAUCUAUAUGAUUAUCCAGAAAUAUGACUUAAGAUGUUUCUAUUUUGGGCACCAUUAACUAUCUGAGCUCAUAUUUUUAUAGUUCUGAUUGAGAAUGUGGGGGAUGGUAACUUUUACCAAAACUGAAAUUGAUAAUUUUAAGUAAAACAACUAAAUUUACCCUUUACCUAUUAAUUAAAAGGAAAAAGUCACUUAGGAACAUAUCGGUACAUUGGAAAACAUGAAAAGCACUUUUCUUUCAAAAUGUGUGCUUAAUGAAUUGAAUUUUAGGGACUGUUUCCCAAACUUUGGGUCUAUGUUAUCCUAUUAAUUUUUAUGUCUAGCUUAAAAGGUAUUUGAAAAUAUUCUAUUUGCGUUUUAUUAUUUUCUGUCCUGUGACAGUUCUAUGCUAAAUGUAUUUUAAAAUAAAAGCCAAAUUCACGAUUGAAGAAGGUUUUGGGGUUUUUCUGUUGUUUUUGUUUUGUCUCCUAGGCAGUUAUCUUUGUUGUAGCUGGUAGAGAUUUUUAAAAAUAUGUCUAGGAUUUUCAUUCUAGCAUGCUUUUACUCUGAAGCAUUUUCUUAAAACAAAGUUCUGUUUUUAGCAAUGUGAAAAUGUUGAAGAACUUCAUUAAAGUUCAAACUGGCUUUUGA